CUUCUCUCUCUGUUCUUGUAGUUGAAGUUGUAGUUGUAGACUUGUAGUUGGUUGUCUGGUGGGUCUUAUCUGUAGCUUCCAUGGCUACGGAAGAGGUGAAUAAGCCUUCUUCACUUCCUCAGUACCCAGAGAUGAUAUUUGCAGCUAUCGCUGCUUUGAACGACAAGAAUGGAUCGAACAAGUCGGCGAUUUCCAAGUACAUUGAGUCGCAGUACGUAGAUCUGCCUGUGGGACACUCGGAUUUGCUACAAAUCCACCUGAACAGGUUGAAGGAGAGCGGUGAUCUAAUCUUGGUGAAGAGCAACUACAUGCGGCCUAGCCCUAAUACUCCUCCAAAGCGUGGUCGUGGUCGUCCUCCAAAGCCCAAGGUUCCUUUGCCGGCUGGCCAUGUUUCUUCUCCGCCCAGGCCAAGAGGUCGUCCGCCUAAGCCUAGGGACCCUAACUCGGUUCCAACACCCAAGGUUUCUUCUGGAAGGCCCCGUGGAAGGCCACCCAAGAAGGCCAAACCUGCUGGGGCUGCUAUACCAACUAAAUCUGGGCCUCCAAGACCUCGUGGAAGGCCACCGAAAGUGAGAGCCCCGUUUGCUUCGGCGGGUUUUGAUUAAGGAUUAUUCUUCAGUUGUAGUGAUUUUUUUUCAUCUUUUCUUUUUUAUU